GAGCGCAAGUCGGCGCCAGGUGAAUUAAUAUAUCCAAAACUGCAUGAUGCAUUUUUUCAAGGAUUUGCAACUGCUUUCGACAGCAAACAACAGAAAACACAGAAACAUCACUUGCAAAAAGACUUUGCAGAAAGAAAACCUGCUCUUCAGAACAAACAUGUGGUCAGCAGCCAGAUUCGACCACAAACUUCCUCCAGUGUGUGGGAUUGCCUCCUACAGACACAGGGAGAGACCACCUCCAGAGGCUAAAAGGAAUGCUUGAGGCAUCGAUGGAUGUUUACACCUUCAUGAGAUCCAGCAUGACAGGAGUGCCUCUUCUCAGCCUGGACGGGGCGCUGGAAUUAAACCCAAAAGCGGACCCUUUCCAGAACGAAGACCUGAUCCACAUGUGGUUGGAGGUUAAGAUGAAACCGCUGCUGAAGUCCAUCACCAAACACUUCCUGUCAUGUCUCAGCACCAAGAACUUCAGCUGCCCUGCCUACCAGAAAGUGGUGUACGAGCUCAGCCAAUAUUACUCUGAGAUGGAUCCAGUCAGACAAAAGUGGAUCUACACGUUCUUCAUGUACCCAUAUCUGUCAAGAGAAAGUGUAGGAGGUUGUGUGAACAUGAAUGAGAGCAGUGAGGAGUGGUUAAUAAAAAACUUUGGUUACUUCAGAGGCAUGGCCCGAGUAGAGGACUUUUCAAAACUCAACAUGGUCUUCAAUGGAUUGGAUGUUCUCCACCUGCUGUCUCCAGCGCAGAAGGCCUAUCUGCUGAUGCAGCCUGGAGUACAAAGUUUAGACAACGGCACCCUCACUCUGAUCUUCCACAGCAUGCUGACAGAAAGCCCUGGUGUUCAACCAACAGCUAUUCCUGAAUGGGACCACAGCUCGAUGACUCCUGGAUACCCUUCUCCCUAUCCUCCAAAACCAUAUGACCCCUACAAGCCACCGUCUCCACAGGACCAACUCAGAGGGGUUGCAAACGGGUUCAUGACAUUCUUCAAACCUGUUGGGGGCUUCGUUCAUGACUUUGUGACCUUCGUGCAUGAGGUGGACGUUUCACACAUUAAAAGCACCACUCUGACUGAGUUUCUGUUCAGAUGGGGGCUAGGUGAGCUGGCCGAAAUGUACAAGCCAAAAGAAGUCCCCAUGGUUCCAGAGAAGCCAGCGUUUGACGUGACGAAUGUGGAGGACUGGUACCGCCACGUCGUCAUGCCACUGUUAUGGAGGUUCUUGCCGAAUGAAGCGCUCCUGGAUCACCCCUCCAUCAAAAUGGCCUUCCAUGAAGUAUUCUAUCUGGACCGUGGCAAGAACGAUGACAUGUGUGAAAUCCAAGAUGUCUGCAGCAUCACACUGGAUAGGACCCCAUGUGGGCCGACUGAUACUGUGGAAAAUGUCGCCCACGUUUUGCACUGUGCGGCCCGUACCCACUUUGAACUGAACGAGGCGACAAUGAGGAGGCUGAUGAUGGAGCUGUUGAAGCGUCUGAACCUGCUGAUCAAAGAGUUGUCUCAGACGGACUUACAUGAGUUGGCAAAAGACUUCAGCGAGAUCUUUCGUGAGCCUGAAACUCCAACUCUGACUGAGGAUCACCUACAGGACCCUGAGUUCAUCAAACUCUGGUUUCAGGUCAAAUUGACACCCCUCCUGCCUGAACUACCCAUCAGCCUCCUGUCCUGCCUCAGCACCAAGAACUUCUCCUGCCCAGUUUUCCAAACCAUUGUGGCAGAACUCAGCAAGCACAUGAGUUUCAUGCAUGCUGAUCCGAUGUACAGUCGUAACAUUUAUCAGCACUUCAUCCUUCCCUUCCUGCUGAAUCACAACUCCUCUGACCCACAGUGUGUCUUCUCAGCCAAUAACAGUGCAGAAUGGCUGCUGGAAAACUUUGGCGUCUUUUCAAAGUUCGCCUCAGUCACCGUCUUCUACGAGCUCAACCCAGACUUCUCUGGGCUGGAGGUCCUCCGCCUUCUGACUCCAAAACAGAUCGCAGAGCUGGUGGUGGCUCCUCUUCCUGCUCCACCUAACAAAGACGUCAUCAUCGUCCGAGUGUUCGACUUUCUGUCUGAGUCUCCAGAGAUUUUAACUGAAGUCCUGCCCUACCUGGUGAAAUUUGCCAGAGAGGUCGAUGUUUCCUGCAGAGACUAUAUACUCAUCUUUGAGAGAUUGUACGAAGCUAUUCCAUCCGUUCCUCGAGAUGUUGAACCCGAUGUCUGGGCCACCAUAGACGAUCUGAUAGAAAUUGCACCAAGGGAGUGUGUACCAAAAAACAUCACGUGUCCAAUGAUACACUACAAUGCUACUGAAGUCUGCAGAAAUGUUGACAGCUCUAGCCUCGAGUAUUACUUGAAAAAAUCAAUGAGCGUGUCCUGUGAUUUUCCUCUGGAGGCGUAUGCAUGUGCAGAGCUGGAGAAGUUCACCGUCCAUCAGCUGGUGUCUCUUCUGCAGUGCGAUCUACCCGGGAACAGCAGCCGCUCCAAAGUGCUGUGGAAGAUGGUGCUGACUAAACUAUCUGACAUCCUGGACCCAGCUCUAGACAUCUUAGCUAACCAGUCUGUGGUAAUCCCAUCAGCCAGAGAGGUUUUGGACGUAAUCGGAGAGAUCAGAAUUUCACUGCUGACUGACGAGGAGCUGAGAAACAGCAGCAUCAUCAGGAAAUGGUUCUCCAACCGUCUGAGGGCGUUCCUGCCGUUAACAUCACCAAGAUUUCUGGACUGUAUCAGCAGCAGGAACAUCAGCUGCCAGUCAUACCAGCAGAUCCUGAAGGUGUUUACUGACAACUUCGACGUGUUGCCUGAGAAACAACAGCGUGUUGUCCUGCGAGAGUUCAUCCUCCGCUUUCUAUCACACUCAGGUUCAGACUGUGUGUCCAUCUCAAACAGCAGUGCAGAGUUUUUGUUGAAGACUCUGGGUCGAUUCUCGUUCUUGCUGUCUGUCCGUGAGAUUCUUGAUCUCAACCCAUCCUUCAGACCCCUGGAAGUCCUGUCACUUCUGAGUCCACAGCAAUGUGCAGAGCUGCUCGUGUUGAGAGAUUCUAAUCUACCUGAAGUGGACGUCGUCAUUGAUCGGAUUUUUGCCCACCUGGCGGAAAAUCCUAACAAUGAAUUCUUUAAAGAAUUUCUCAUAUACCUCGUCUUCUUUGUACCACAGGGAAACAUCUCCUGCUCAGCAAACAUACAACUAUUUACAAGACUGGACAGGACUCUGGUUGGAGCACCUCCUGAUGUGGUGGCAUCUGUUGCAAAUGCCAAGGUGGCAUUAUCCGAGCAUUUACCAUCAGACUGCAACAUAUCCCCUGGACAGUGCGAUUUCACCAUAAUAAAUCAAACAGACAUUUGUGCUGCAGUGAACAGCACGAUGGUGGAGCUGACCCUCCAAAGUGGACACAUGCCGAGACGUCUGUGUAACUUUUCUGUGGAGGAACUCGCCUGUGCCUCGCUCUCUGCAUUGACAGCCGAGGAUUUGGCCAUGUUUCUAGCGUGUAACCGGACUGCUGACUCCAGCAGCUCCAGACCAGUCUGGAAGCUUCUCCUCUCUAAAGCCUCACAUGUACUGGAUGAAGCUCUAGAUCGUCUGGAAAACAUGACUCUGGACCCCAGAAGUCCUGCAGUGCCAAUGAUUUUGGACUCUAUACGGGAAAUCCGAUUGGACUCACUGAGUCUGACCACCAUCAAUGACCCCGCCAUCAUCAAUAGAUGGUUCAACCGCCGACUUCGCCCCUUCCUGUCUGGUGUUUCUCCAGUCUUCCUGUCAUGUAUCGCCACACGUGGUUUGAACUGCAGCACCUUCCGGCAACUGGUGGAGAUUUUCAGUGAUGUCCAGCCAAACAUGACCCUCUCCACACAGACCAGCGUCUUCACGAACUUCAUAGAGGAAUUCCUUCUCAUGAAUGACACAGCAGACCCCGGCUGCACACAAUCCAUUAACACUGGUGGAGAGUUUCUAGAGAAGAACAUGGGAGGUUUUGCCGGAUUUGCAUCCCUCGAAAUCCUCCUCUUGCUCUUCCCCAGCUUUGACCUGCUCCAAGACCUGUCUCUGCUGAGUCCGCAGCAGAGCGCAGAGCUGCUUGUGUUGAGAGAUCGUAAUCUACCUGAAGUGGAAGUCAUCAUUGAUCAGCUGUUUGAUCAUCUGUCUGAAAAUCCUGAUGAGGAAUAUUUUAAAGCAUUCCUGAUACAGCUCGUCAUUUUGCUCCCACAGGGAAACCUCUCCUGCUCAGCAUACAUAAAACUGUUUACCAGACUGGACGGGGCUCUGGUUGGAGCAUUUUCUGAUGUGGCAUCAUCCAUUACAGCAACCAAAACAGCAUUAUCAGUGCACAUACCAUCAGAUUGCUUUGUUUCUGGAGCACAGUGCACUUCCACUAUGAUAAAUGAAACAAAAAUGUGUGCCGGAGUGGACAGCACAAUGGUGAUGACCCUCCUCAGUGGACAAAUGGAGGGAAGUUUGUGUGACCUUUCUGUGGAGGAAUUUGCCUGUGCCUCGCUCUCUGCACUGACAGCUGAAGAUCUAGCCAUGUUUCUGGUGUGUAACCGCUCAGCCAACUCCAGCGGCUCCAGACCGUUGUGGAAGCUUCUCCUCUCCAAAGCGGCAAAUGUGCUGGAUGAAGCCCUGGAUCUUCUGAGAAAUGAAACUCUGGACCCCAGAAGUCCUGCAGUGUCCAUGAUUCUGGACUCAAUACGGGAAAUUCGACUGGACACACUUAGCCCAGCCUCCAUCAAUGACCCCGCCAUCAUCAAUCGGUUGUUCAACCGCAGGCUCCGCCCAUUCCUGCCUGCUGUUUCUCGGGACUUCCUGUCAUGUUUCGUCACACGGGGUUUGAACUGCAGCACCUUCCAGCGACUGGUGGAGAUUUUCAGCGAUGUUCAGCAGGACAUGCCCCUCUCCACACAGAUCACAGUCUUCACGUACUUCAUAGAAGAAUUCCUUCUCAUGAAUGACACAGCAGACCCCGGCUGCACGCGAUCCAUCAACAGCAGUAGAGAGUUUCUGGAGAAGAACAUGGGAGGUUUUGCUGAAUUUGCAUCUCUCGAAAUCCUCCUCUUGCUUUUCCCCGGCUUCAACCUGCUCCAAGACCUGUCUCUCCUGAGUCCGCUGCAGAGUGCAGAGCUGCUCGUGUUGAAUGAUCCUAAUCUACCUGAAGUGGAAGUCAUCAUUGAUCAGCUGUUUGAUCACCUGUCUGAAAAUCCUGACGAGGAAUAUUUUAAAGCAUUCCUGAUACAGCUCGUCAUUUUGCUCCCACAGGGAAACCUCUCCUGCUCAGCAUACGUAAAACUGUUUACCAGACUGGACAGGGCUCUGGUUGGAGCAUUUUCUGAUGUGGCAUCAUCCAUUACAGCAACCCAAACAGCAUUAUCAGUGCACAUACCAUCAGAUUGCUUUGUGUCCAGCGCACAGUGCACUUCCACUAUGAUAAAUGAAACAAAAAUGUGUGCCGGAGUGGACAGCACAAUGGUGAUGACCCUCCUCAGUGGACAAAUGGAGGGAAGUUUGUGUGACUUUUCUGUGGAGGAAUUUGCCUGUGCCUCGCUCUCUGCACUGACAGCUGACGAUCUGGCCAUGUUUCUGGUGUGUAACCGCUCAGCCAACUCCAGCGGCUCCAGACCGUUGUGGAAGCUUCUCCUCACCAAAGCGGCAAAUGUGCUGGAUGAAGCCCUGGAUCUUCUGAGAGACCAAACUCUGGACCCCAGAAGUCCUGCGGUGUCGAUGAUUCUGGACUCAAUACGGGAAAUUCAAUUGGACACACUGAGCCCAGCCUCCAUCAAUGACCCCGCCAUCAUCAAUCGGUUGUUCAACCGCAGGCUCUGCCCAUUCCUGCCUGCUGUUUCUCGGGACUUCCUGUCAUGUUUCGUCACACGGGGUUUGAACUGCAGCAUCUUCCAGCAACUGGUGGAGAUUUUCAGCAACGUCCAGCCGGACAUGCCCCUCUCCACGCAGCAGUCUGUCUACACAGACUUUAUUGAGGAAUUCCUGACCAUGAAUGACACAGCAGACCCAGGCUGCAGUUUGUUCUUCAACACCGGUGAAGUGUGGUUGGAGGCUAACUUUGGAGAUUUCUCUGGUUUUGCACCACUCAGCCUCAUUCUGGAGCUUUUCCCAAGAUUCAACCUGAUGGACUCUUUAUUACUGCUGUCAGAAACUCAGCUGGCACAGUUGGCUGCCACACCAGGACUACUCACCUCUGCUGCCCAGGUUGCCCUUGUACUGGACAACAUCCCGGACAGUCUUCUUGCAGCCUUCUAUGACGAAUUCUCUGUAGCUGUCGUUGGUCACGAGGACAUGAUCUCCUCUGAAGUGAGGACAGCAUUGUUGCAAGCCGCGUUAGAUCGUGCCAACCUCUCAGAUCCCUCAGUCAGUGAUUUUGAGGUGGCGAUUUGGCUCCACGACAGACUGGAGGUCCUGUUGAUCAACAUGACACAUACACAGGUUUCGCAGUUCUUCGCCAUACUUGUUGGAAGAAACUGCAGCAUCCUACAGCUGGGAGUGAACACCCUGAGCGCAACAAUCUCUUCUCAGAGUGAGAUCACCAAGGAAGCAGUCCACGAACAAAUCAUUAAGGCUCUCACAGCAGGACCACCUCUUCGCUGCUAUGGUGACAACUUCAAUCGCAGUUUUUAUGCUUUCGUGGAGAGUUCAUUUGCUGAGUUCCGGUUUCCCAAUCUGACUAUCUUCCUGUCGCUCAUGCCCCCUGACAGAAGGGAAGAGCUGGUGAACUCCAUGUCUACAGCCGAUCUUGGGAACUUGCUCAGUCAGCCUGAUGUUGUCGACGAUGAAGCAGCACUGUGUUCGAUCUACACCCUACACGAAGAGUUGCCACUUUUCCUUGAGAAUGAGAAUCUUCCAGAAGACGUGCAGGGGCCCACGGUGGGUUGCGUCUGGCCCUUGGCUCUCAGCAUCACACAGAGGUCAAAGGUCAAUGCCCUCUUUAGAGGUCUCAGAAGAUACACGGCCUUCCUCACUCUCAGGCUUAUCAGCCCUCAGACCACACAGAACGCCUCCUGUUUCGCUUUCCAAAACUUUGUUGAACUUCUUGGGGAGUUGAAUUUCACUGCUGCAGACUUCGAGAGGAGAGAUGUGUUUAACAGCAUCAGAAGUUACCUUGACACAGACUCAAUUCCAAAGUGCUUUGAUCCAGAUGACCCCGAGAUGAACUCCACAGCCUGGUUUGCUGAGUACAUUGGCCCUUUCAUAAGUUUCCUCACUCUGGAAGAUCUGCAGUCUUUUGGAUCUGAAGAGGUUCUUCAAAAGUUCGCAGUGAACCUUGACAACAUCGCCCUGGUCAACAGCGUAGACUUACCUGACAACGUCACAGAAUUUUACACAGACCUUGUUUACGAGGAGGACAGCAACUAUAACCCCUUACUACUCUCUGAGGCGUUUUGGUGCACAGUUCCUGGUCCAGCGUUCAUGCAGCUGAGUAGAGCAGACAGUAUCAGAGUUCUGAGAACCGUGUCCGUUAACUGCACAGACCUGGAUCCACAGAUUGCCUCAGCCUUGGCGGGUAACUUUGGCGACAACCUUGAUGCAGCAGACAUCACUCUCCUGGGCAAUGAAAGCAUCGGCUUGACCACAAUCCAGAUCACGAGCAUACAGGCUCAGGAGAUUGUGAAUUCCCUUCACAUCCUCGGCGCAGUGACAGGCUGGGAUCGAGGGCAGCUCCAGGCCUUUAUUGCAAAAGUGAUGUCAUCAGGGAUGCAGAUCAACAGCGCCUUAUCUCUGGUCACGCUGGGAUCUCUUGUCAAUGGCCUCUCUUCUUCAAACUUUGAGAGCAUCAGCGGAGCCGAGCUGAUCACUGCAGGCCAAAGUGGUUCAUUUCUGACACACUUUAACUCUGGUCCAACAAUUCUCAAGCAGACUUUUGUUACUCAGAUUAUAAGUGUGAGCGGCAGCAGUGAUGCAAUCAUAGGGAACGUUCCGGAUGACCUGGCAACUGAAAUCCCCCUUUUUCAGCUGGUUGGCCUCUCCAGCCAAUCAAUCACGACAUUCAACCAGAAGCAAUGGACAAUGGUCCAGAGUGAGCUGUACUUCGGUACUAUAGCGAGUGAAACCUCAGUUGAAGCACUGGGAGGCGAAGACAAUUUGUCCUCUGUGGUGCUGCAGGGGUUCUCUUGUACCUCUGUGAGGAACCUUUCAAAGGCACAAAUCAGGAGGUUGAUAAGAGCCAGCCGGAGGAGAGGCAGGAGGAAAGUCAGACUGUUGGAAACUCAGCUGACCUGCAUGUACAACCAGAUCAGUGGAGAUGCAGACAUCACAAACUUCAGCCUCUUUCCUCGUGAUAUGCUGCUGUACUAUGAUUAUUCCCUGGUGCCACAGAGCAGCUGCAGGUCUUAUUUUGUUGAGUUAUCAGAGGCAGACUUCAGUGUCAUCUCCAACGCCCUCAAUUUCAAAAGGGCUGAGCUGUUUGCAAACGCCAGGAGCUGCCUGGGCAUCACAAACACAAGCUUGACAAAGAACAAUGUAGAGGUGUUGGGAAACAUGUGCUGCACUCUUGAGGGAUCCUUCAUCCAGAACUCGGACCCAUCCAUCCUGGAAAUACUGAUGAACUGCCCAGAUCUCACCACAGAUCAGUCAUCUGCAGUUGAAGCUCUGCUGCUGAGUGGGAGAACUCAAUUUGGGCCUCCAUCAACAUGGAAUAUAGAGACUCUGAAGGGCUUCGGGCAAUUAGCACUCUAUUUCAGUUCAACCUUCUAUGAUAACUUCAGAAGAAGAACAAAGAGGAAAUUCUUGAGGUUCUUCCUGAGCAAUUUCAAAGACGACUUGACGAGAGCACAGAGGAGAACAAUAAGGAAAGUGAUAAGGAACUCCAUUACAUCCAAAUUUGGACGCUUAAGUGAUGUCCAGUGCUCCUUAGGAGUCAUCUCCCAUGUGACGGUCAAUGAUGUGGCGUUUCCCAUCGAAUACGAUUUAUCGCAGUUUGACCUCUGCCUCAGUGCUGACACUGUCAGACACAACUUGGCUGCGCUGAGUGAGAGGGUCGAUGACGAGAGCUUCCAGAGGAUUAUUUUUGCAAAGUUUAAAGAGGCUUACUCCACUGUGUCUGUCAUCCCUGAGUCGGAGGUUAGACUCUUAGGCUCAGUGGCCCGCGUGGCUACUGUUGAAGACAUCAACACCUGGAGUAUCUCUCAGGUCGAUACGCUCGCUGCGCUGAUGGACGCAAAUGCUGGACCAUGGGAGCAGAGCAGGGUUAGAGCAAUCGUAGCCAGGUAUCUGAGUGUGCAAGGAAACACACUGGGCAGUGCUGAACUCAACAGUUGUGGAGGACCCAACAUAUGCGCUCUGGACAUCAGUGUUCUCGAAGGCAUUUCUGUUGACAGCAUCAAAAAUACAAUUAACCCAGAUUUGUCCAGCUGUACCAGGGAGAGAAAUCGAGUUCUGUUCGGAAAGGCUCGAAUAGCAUUUGCAUCUGUGACCCGGACCCGCACGACGACUAUCCCUGUUGCCUCAUACCAGCUUACAUUACCGUACAUCAGGGGGGCUGAUUUAAACUAUGUUCGAAGUUUGGCAAGGUCCAAUGUGAACAUGGAUUUGAGUACCUUCACCAGUCUGCAAGAAGAUGUCAUAAUGAACCUAACCGUUUCAGAAGUGCAGGGUCUUCUUGGAAGCAACCUACCAGAUUUGAAGUCCUAUGAAAAUGUGACAGUUGUACGGACUUGGAUCACAUCACAGUUCCAGUCAGAGCUUGACACGCUGGGCAUUGAGCUGAUGGGAGGCAGGGCUGGUGCGUCUUCAUCCUCUGUUGCCCCCACCACACCUGGAGCUACUACCCAGCCUGGAGCCACUACCCAGCCAGGUGCCACCACCCAGCCUGGAGCAACUACUCAGCCAGGUGCUACCACCCAGCCUGGAGCCACCACCCAGCCUGGAGCAACCACCCAGCCCGGUGCAACCACCCAGCCUGGAGCAACCACCCAGCCAGGUGCAACCACCCAGCCUGGAGCCACCACCCAGCCAGGUGCAACCACCCAGCCUGGAGCCACCACCCAGCCAGGUGCCACCACCCAGCCAGGUGCCACCACUCAAGCAGGAGCUGCCACUACCACUGCCAUACCUGCAGCUACCACUACCAACACCACUGCAGGAGGCAGCAGUGUACAAGCCGACGUUCGCUUCUCCCUCCUUGUUCUCCUCCUGCUCCUCUUCACUUCUCAGCACGUCCUCGCGUGAAGAAACACGGGCCUGGUUAUACAGAUUUAUUAACUUAUAAGCAAAAAGAAAAACUGUCACAUGAAGACAGUCUCGGUUACCUCAAACCACAAGCCAAGGAUUCAUUAAAAUAUACCAAUAUAUGUACAAUAACAGUCACUGAUGUAAAUAAUGUUUCUCUACACUGCAUCAUUCAUUAACACAUACACUCACUGGCCACUUUAUUAGGUAUACCAGUUUAACUGCUCAUUAAUGCAAGUAUCUAAUCAGCCAAUCACAUGGCAGCAAUCAGUAUGUGUAGGGGUACAGACAUAGUUAAAAAGCUCAAACUGAGCAUCAGAAUGGGCAAUGAAGGUAAUUUAAGUAACUUUUAAUGUGCCACGGUGGCCAGUGGGUGUAUGCUUGCUCUAAAACUUUGUCACAUUUUUUUAGGCAAAUAUAUAUGCUUGCUGUUUUCUUGCUCAAGGUUUUUUCUUAUUAAUUAUAGAAUGAUGAAUUUAACUCAUUUUGUCUGUUUUAUAGUCCUGCUUACUGAACUCUUGUCACAAAAAACACACAUCUGUAUUAGGUACUAGAUUUAUCAUGUUGUGAUUAGAAAUGGUUUGAAAUUAAAACACUGUCUUGCAAAUAUCAGGGUGUUGGUGUUAUGCUGUGAAGAGUUGAGGAAAUGUAUUUCUAGUAAGGUAAUUUAACACUGUACCGGAAAAAUGAAGGUGAUAGUAUCUGCUUUAUCUGUGUUCUUCUUGUCUUAUUUAUCUGCUGUAUGGUUAAAGCACUUAACUCAGAUUUACCUGGAUCUGUAUGAUU